AGUUACUAUGGCCGCUGGACUAAGUGGGAUGUUUGGGAAUCAGGGCCCGGUGCCUCCCCCGCCACCUCCUCCGGUGGCUCCCGGCGGUCCGGUACCCGCGGGACUCCUUCCGCCGAACCCCACGGGUCCGCGAAACUCCAUCGGUACCCUUGUGGAUGAUUUGGAGGCUUCUUUUGAGGCUUGCUUUGCAUCCCUUGUAAGUCAAGAUUAUGUAAAUGGUACAGAUCAAGAAGAAAUUAGAACUGGUGUUGAUCAAUGUAUCCAGAAAUUUUUAGAAGUUGCACGACAAACAGAAUGCUUUUUUCUACAGAAAAGACUACAAUUAUCUGUCCAAAAACCAGACCAAGUAAUUAAGGAGGAUGUUUCAGAAUUGAGAAAUGAAUUACAGCGGAAAGAAACACUAAUUCAGAAACACUUGGGAAAACUUCGCCAUUGGCAACAGGUUUUAGAUGAUAUUAAUAUCCAGCAGAAAAAACCUACUGAGAUGCCUCAGGGACCUCUAGCCUAUCUAGAGCAAGCUUCAGCCAAUAUUCCUGCACCCCUCAAACAAACGUGAAAAGAAGCAUCAUUGAAAUGCCAGAAUAAAGUUUGCUAGACCUUCAUAACAUUGUACAUUUUAUAUUGAAAAAUAUGUUGUUUUUGAAAAAAUGGACAGCAAGGAGCCUACCCUAAACGAGGCUAUAGCUGUCAUUGCAUGGAUUAGAAAGUAUGAUUUCUUUUAUUCUAUCACCUGCAAACUGAACAUUGUCUCUCCCUGACUUUGGAGAUUUUCUAAGGAGCAAGAACCGCCUCUAUCCUAUGAGCUUCUGUAAAUCAAGUGAUGCCAUUAACAUUAUCAUUUGGAAUCAUGGUGCUUUUAAUAUCCUUGGCACAGUUGCAGCUUCUGGUUCCAUGUAAAAAAAAAAGCCUAUGAAUAUAUGUCACAAUCUGAAUUGCUUUAAUACAAAACAAAAAUUACUUUCUGAACCCAGUUUUUGAGUUGGGCAGCUGUAUGCUUUAAAUAAAUUAAAAAUGCACAUGGACAAAUUAAUGUUUAUCUAACUUUAUUUUAAUGAUGUUACAAAUGAAUAUCUGGUGAAAGUUUUUGUUUUUAUAUGAUAAAUUAACUAUAUAUAUAUACACACAAACAUGUUACUUUGUUACAGACCAUUUAUUAGGAUUCCGUUUCCCUAAGAAGAUCCUAUUACAUAUUGCAUAGCAUUUGCAUAGAGUUGGCAUUUUAAAAAUUGUUCUUAGUUUUCUUCCUCUUAAAAGUACUUUAAUACUCUAAUAGUUGGCACUUAAUUCUGUUUAAGUGUCACAAUUCAAUAUAGAAAUUGUCUCUAAAUCUGAGCUUAACUGUGGUCAUGAUGACAAGACUAUUGCAGGAGCAGACAAUGCAAAUAUACUAUUACUUUGUUUAAACAGAUAUUAUAAGAACAUUUCAGAUAAUGUAGAUAUGUACUGAGAUUUUUCCCUGAAAUCUUUAAAAAGUAAACCUGAAUUCAAGUGGCUUUGGAGUGGAAUGUUCCAGCCAUUUUGGUACUAGCAUGCUAUUAUUGUGAGAUUUUGUAUAUAUAUAUAAUAUAGAUUUGAUGCAUGGAUCCCAAUUGGUAUAUUCUUUCACUGAAAUUUUUCCACUAGUAAUACUGGGAGAACGUGUUCCCUUCUUUGCAGCUUCUCACACAUUCUGAAAAUUUGUUUUGGCAGUUGGGGCAGGCAAGGAGAAUGUCCAAUGGGUAAAAUUGCAAAAUAUAUGAUUUUGCCUAGGAAGAAUUUAAGGCUCAGUGCUAAUUUAAAUAUAUUACGUUCAAAUAUAUUAAGCAGAGCACUUCAAGCCCUUAUUUAUUUUUAGAAAUAAAAAAAAUCUCGGCGCAUCACAGAUGCAUGCAGAUUCAUCCUUGACUAAAACCAUUCUCUACUGCACUAUGUACCUAUGUUUUAGACCAAAGUUAAGAGCUCAGCUGUGACUGAGAUAAAAACAAAUACAAUAUGCAUUUUCUAAAGUUUAUAUUAUAGCAAACUACAAAGCAAGUUAACUGUUUUUGACUUGUCAAAGUUUUAUUUACUAAUAACUGGGAAAUGUAGCCAGUUAACUUUCAAUACAGUGUAAAUGUUGCUAUUAGUAUUUCAACUUGCCAAAUAGUUUAAGACUGGAAAACAUUUAAGCACAACCUCUUCACGUAUAUCUGUCGGGCUUUAUUUUUCUAUUUUGUUUUUUUUUAUAAGAUAAAUUGCCCAGAAUCAGCAUUUCUUACAUCUAUGUAAAUGAAUAAAAUGUUUACUUGUAUUAUGGUGAAAUCUUCCUUGCAAAUUUUACUUGUAUCAGAUUUCAUGUAAUGGGGCCUUUGAUUCCUAGCUCUGAAAUAUUCUAAGGUACUAGUUUAAGGUUGAUGUCUUUUUAAUAGUUAGGUUUCCUAGACCACUGAAAUAGCCAGUUUUGUUCUGCAUAAGUAUCUUUCUAAGUUGAAUGGCUUAAAUAUGCUAGUCUUGAUGUUAUUGCUGAUAUAGUAUUAAAAUUAUUGAGUACAGUAAGAUACUUGUACUAAGAAUCCAUUUUACCUAGAAUUUGCUGAAUACCAGAUUAAUUAUAAAUUAAUAUUUUAAAAUAUGUUUUAUUUAUGGCAAUAGUUACUAUUGAAUCUCUUAUGUUUAGCUACUUGUGAUCUGUGAUUUUUUCCUUGUUAUUCUGUAGGAUAUCAUAUAAAAUAUAUUGUAUAAAUGUUUAAUAACAGCAAUGGCAAUAUUGAUUAUUGUAGAAAGUUUUGAUCAGAAAGAAAAAUAUUUUGUAAACAA